CGCCUCCCAGGAGAAAGCGGAGACCGGCACUCUCAGCUUCUCCUUUUUUUUUUUUUUCCUUUCUUAGAUAGUGUUUGGUUCCCACAUGAUCAAACUGUUUAGGUUGGAGAGAAGGGUGUUUGGGAGCUUAGUCGACUUAAUCGCAGUGGGGCUGCAUUCUUGAUCUGUGCUACCGAAAAAUAAACUCACCAAAGCGCCCCCGCCCCCCGCGACUUUAGUUGAAUUGAGGCUCUUCCAGGACCAACAGAGCGGAGAAAGCAAAGUGCAGGCACGGUCAAGAGAGGACUUAGUGUUUAUGAGAGGCGAAUGGGAAUUUGGAUUUUGAGUUCAGCAAUUAAGAACUUUGGAAUCGGUGAAUAUUGUGGGCCCCUGAAUCUUGGAUUUUUUUUUUUAACACCUGCUGGUUAAGUAAAGGAAUUAGAAUUAGUUGGGGGUGGGGAGGCCGCUGGCCAGUGGUCUGCCGGCUUGGCCAGCUGCUUAUAUCUGCUUUGGAAAGAAUUGUUAAGCUGUAAAUCUGAAGUGAAAGGUGGUUUCUGUUAAGUCAGUUAAUGGAGGAGGGUUAGUGUGUCUGAAUACUUAGGAGUGCCUAGAUGUGUAGCUACCCAUAGGGAGAAUUUGAACUUGUUCGUGCAGAAAUGACUGGGCCAGCAGAGGGAAGACACGGUCCUUGGCGUUCUCUCUCUGCAAUCAGAUGCCCCCUGGAGCUGGUGGCUUCCUUGAGGUUGCUGGUGGGGGCCCCUCGGGCAGUGGCCCUUCCGCUGCAGAGGGCCAACCGGACAGGAGGCUUGUACAGCUGCGACAUCACCUCUCGGGACCCGUGCACACGGAUUGAAUUUGACAACGAUGCCGACCCUACCUCGGAAAGCAAGGAAGACCAGUGGAUGGGGGUCACGGUGCAGAGCCAGGGUCCCGGCGGCAAAGUGGUGACAUGUGCUCAUCGAUAUGAAAAAAGACAACACGUUAACACGAAGCAGGAAUCCCGAGACAUCUUUGGAAGGUGUUAUGUCCUGAGUCAGAACCUCAGGAUUGAAGAUGAGAUGGAUGGAGGAGACUGGAGUUUCUGUGAUGGCCGACUGAGAGGCCAUGAAAAGUUUGGUUCUUGCCAGCAAGGCGUAGCAGCUACUUUUACUAAAGACUUUCACUACAUUGUAUUCGGAGCCCCGGGAACCUAUAACUGGAAAGGGAUUGUUCGCGUAGAACAAAAGAAUAACACUUUUUUUGACAUGAACAUCUUUGAAGAUGGGCCUUAUGAAGUUGGUGGAGAGACUGACCAUGACGAGAGUCUAGUUCCUGUUCCUGCUAACAGUUACUUAGGCUUUUCUUUGGACUCAGGGAAAGGGAUCGUUUCUAAAGAUGACAUCACUUUUGUCUCUGGUGCUCCGAGGGCCAAUCACAGUGGAGCUGUGGUUUUGCUCAAAAGAGACAUGAAGUCUGCACACCUUCUCCCCGAGCACAUAUUUGAAGGAGAAGGUCUGGCUUCUUCCUUUGGCUACGACGUGGCAGUGGUGGACCUCAACAAAGAUGGGUGGCAGGAUAUUGUGAUUGGAGCCCCACAGUAUUUUGAUAGAGAUGGAGAGGUUGGAGGUGCAGUGUAUGUCUACAUGAACCAGCAAGGCCGGUGGAAAAAUGUCAAGCCAAUUCGUCUUAACGGAACCAAAGACUCUAUGUUUGGCAUUGCCGUCAAAAAUAUUGGCGAUAUUAAUCAAGAUGGCUACCCAGACAUUGCAGUUGGAGCUCCCUAUGAUGGUAAUGGAAAGGUUUUUAUCUAUCACGGCUCCGCGAGCGGAAUAAACACCAAACCAACACAGGUUCUCGAGGGUAAUUCACGUUUUUUUGGAUAUUCGAUUGCUGGAAAUAUGGACCUUGAUAGAAAUUCCUACCCUGAUGUUGCUGUUGGCUCCCUGUCAGAUUCAGUAACGAUUUUCAGAUCCCGGCCUGUGAUUAAUAUUCAGAAAACCGUCACAGUGACACCCAACAGGCUCGAUCUCCGCCAGAAAACGGCCUGCGGGGCGCCCAGUGGGAUCUGCCUGAAGGUUAAGGCCUGCUUCGAAUAUACUGCCAAACCCGCUGGUUACAAUCCUUCAAUCUCCAUUGUGGGCACACUUGAGGCUGAGAAGGAGAGAAGGAAAUCCGGGCUGUCAUCGAGAGUUCAGUUUCGGAACCAAGGUGCUGAGCCCAAGUAUAGUAAACAGAUCACGCUGAGCAGGCAGAAGCAGAAGGCGUGCAUGGAGGAAACGCUCUGGCUGCAGGAAAACAUCAGGGAUAAGCUGCGUCCCAUCCCCAUAACUGCUUCCGUGGAGAUCCAAGACCCGAACACGCGGCGGCGAGUGAAUUCACUUCCAGAGGUUUUUCCAAUUCUGAAUUCCAACGAGCCCAAGACGGUCCAUACAGAUGUGCACUUCUUAAAAGAGGGAUGUGGAGACGACAAUGUGUGCAACAGCAACCUUAAACUAGAAUACAAGUUUUGUACCCGGGAAGGAAACCAGGACAAGUUUUCUUAUCUCCCGAUUCAAAAAGGUGUUCCAGAACUAGUCCUAAAAGACCAGAAGGACAUUGCUUUAGAAAUAACAGUGACGAACAGCCCUUCUGACCCAAAGAACCCCACCCGAGAUGGCGACGACGCGCACGAAGCUAAACUCAUCGCGACUUUCCCGGACACUCUGACUUACUCCGCAUACAGAGAGCUGAAGGCCUUCCCUGAGAAACAGCUGAGUUGUGUUGCCAACCAGAAUGGCUCACAAGCGGACUGUGAGCUCGGAAAUCCUUUUAAAAGAAAUUCCAGUGUUACUUUUUACUUGAUUUUAAGUACAACUGAGGUCACCUUUGAUACCACAGAUCUGGAUAUUAAUCUGAAGUUGGAAACAACAAGCAAUCAAGAUAAUUUGGCUCCAAUUACAGCUUCUGCAAAAGUGGUUAUUGAACUGCUUUUAUCGGUCUCUGGAGUUGCCAAACCUUCCCAGGUGUAUUUUGGAGGGACCGUCCUUGGUGAGCAAGCUAUGAAAUCUGAAGAUGAAGUGGGAAGUUUGAUAGAGUAUGAGUUCAGGGUUAUUAACUUGGGCAAGCCUCUUAAAAACCUGGGCACAGCAACCUUGAACAUCCAGUGGCCAAAAGAAAUCAGCAAUGGCAAAUGGUUGCUUUAUUUGGUGAAAGUAGAAUCCAAAGGAUUGGAAAAGAUAGCCUGUGAGCCACCGAGUGAAAUAAACUUUCUGAACUUAAAGGAGUCCCACAACUCCAGAAGGAAACGGGAAAUUGCCGAAAAACAGAUUGAUGGGAGCAAGAAAUUUUCACUAUUUGCUGAAAGGAAAUACCAGACCCUUAACUGCAGCGUCAACGUGAACUGCGUGAACAUCAGGUGCCCGCUGCGGGGGCUGGACAGCAAGGCCUCGGUGCUGCUGCGCUCCAGGUUGUGGAACAGCACGUUUCUAGAGGAGUACUCUAAAAUGAACUACCUGGACAUCCUCGUGCGGGCCUCCAUUGAUGUAACUGCUGCCACCGAGAACAUCAAGCUGCCGCACGCAGGCACCCAGGUUCGUGUGACUGUGUUUCCCUCCAAGACGGCAGCUCAGCACUCGGGAGUUCCUUGGUGGGUCAUCCUCGUGGCCAUUCUUGCUGGGAUUUUGAUGCUUGCUCUAUUAGUUCUUUUAUUAUGGAAGUGUGGCUUCUUCAAGAGAAAUAAGAAAGAUCAUUAUGAUGCCACAUAUCACAAGGCUGAGAUCCAUGCUCAGCCAUCUGAUAAAGAAAGGCUUACUUCUGAUGCAUAGUAGUGAUCUACUUCUGUAAUUGUGUGGAUUCUUCAAACGCUCUAGGUACGAUGAAAGCAUUCCCCGAUACCAAGCUGUAAAGAUCCCGAAAGAAGAGCGAGAGAUCAGAGAUGAAAAAUACAACGAUCACCUGGAGAAAAAGCAGUGGAUCACAAGGUGGAAUGAAAAUGAAAGCUACUCCUAGGGGCCAGAGGAGCGUCACAGCCCCCAACUGCUUUUUUUAUUCCCCAGCUCAGAAAUUCAAAUGGUUUAAAAAGCCUGAUCCCUGACUAUUGAGUUCAGACAGACUGCACCAUAGUACGAACCGACAGUUUUAACUGCUGUGGACAUUGUUACGUAGCCUACGGCUCCUGUUUUGCACAGCCAAAUGUAAGACUGUUGGAAUGGAUUUUUCUUUAACUGCCUUAAUUUAACUUUCCCGGUUGCCUUUGUUUUUGGUGUGGCUGACUCACACGUGCCAGGGAAGGCCCCGCCCAGUUGCGCUCAUCUGACAUCCUCCCGCUAGUGUAACUGGAAGAAGGCGCCCGUGGUCACCGUGUCAGCAGAGUGACUGGCGGUGCUGCCUCUGCAAGCAUUCUUCCCAAUAGGACUGGAGAACCUGCAAGUUAACUGUCCCCCAUCACAAGACAAUGCCGUAGGGGUAGCUGUGUUUCCAUUUAAAGUGCUAUCUUAAAUUAAAUGUGCAAUAGAAGGUGAUGUUGCCAUCCUGCUAUCUUUUUCCAUUUCCCAGAUGUGUGAAUACCUGUUCACACCAAAGACAUCCAGGUUUCCUUCUCCCUUUUCACUAAAACACACCGGUGCAACUGACUUGAAUGCUAGUUAUCCUUAUUUGUAUAUGGUAUUUAUUUUUUAUUUUUUACAAACCAUUUUGUUAUUGACUAGCGGGCCAAAGAUUCUCCAGUUUGUCCUGCAGGUUGGAGUAAGCAAUCAGAAUUAGAACAUGGGAGGUCAUUGGUUUGAUCUAAAGUAUUUACUGCAAAAAGAAAAUAAUGCUUUAUAAAUGUACCAGAGAGUUGUUAUAAUUUACAGAUAAAUUAUUAAAACAUCUUCCUUCAUGACAUCCCUUACCUUGACCCCCUCCCUCCAAACCCAAAAGGUUGGUUUAAGAAAUAGGAUUAACCGUUAGAAGUUUAAUUCUGAACAGACAAUGGAUAUUUUUGAGUUUAGAGCCCUGUGUGACAAAUCUGAAUUUUAUGCUAUAACUUUCAGGAACUCUUGGAAAAAAGGGGGUUUAUUUCUUGACCUUUCACUGCUGUAUAUACAGGACUUGAAAGAAAUGGUGAGUGCCUAUGGUGGAUCCAAUCCGAUCCAGUGGAAGACUACUGAAUACCCGAUACCAAAAGUCAGAUUAGAACAUCAUGGCUUUUACGUUUUAAAUAUUAUUGGAAUCACGUCAUGUGAGUCAGAGUUCUAUUUUUUUGCUGUGUUUCCUCCCCUAUGUAUAUUCCCCAAAUUAUUUUAGGACUACUCUAACAAGAACUUUAACUUGUUUUUUAAGUGUAAAAGUGGAGGAGGGGAGGAAGACAUUAUUCUUCUAUACAUUCAAUAGAGAUUGAAUAGAUAUGAAAGCCGGAUUUUAAAAAAUGACUGUGCUUCAAGAUGUUAAGUUAUAUGGGGAGCAACAGCAAACCAGGUGCUAAUUUGUUUGGAUGUAAUGUAAGCUGUGUCUCAUUCUUUUAAAAACAAAAUACAGCUAUGUACCAUUGUUGCUUUGGAGUUUUAAUUUUCUUUUCUUUUUGGAAAUCUUAUACCCUUAAGAUACUAAGAACAUUACUCUAGUUGUACUUUAGAAAUUUCAUUCACAAAUAUUGUUUUCCAAAUGAUAUUUUGUUUACAAAAAUUUCUUGAGAACAGGUCAUAACAGUGUUUAAAAUCUCAGUUUCUUGCUUAGGUAACUUGGAACCCAAUGUACUGGCUUCAUAGGUUGCUAAGAAGCUGAUUUUUGAACAUGUUUAUAGGCCCUUGUUAUAAAGACGAAUGUCCUUGGGAAGGGGUGGGGAGGUGGGUGCAAGGGUGGCUCAACAACAAAGAAACAAGAAUGUAGUGGUUUUUACGUUUAUAGUUGUGAAAAAUGUCAUCUCAAGUCAAGUCACUGGUCUAUUCUCAUUUGAUACAUUUUUAUACUAACUAGCAUUGUAAAAUUAUUUCAUGAUUAGAAAAUACCUGUGGAUAUUUGUAUAAAAGUAUGAAAUAAAUUUUUUUAUGAAAGUGUU